UGACGCGCCAAUCAUCUCGCACGAGGUCCUGCGGCGAGCAUAAGAGUUUUCCCUCCCUUGGCCCAGCUUUCUCAGGAUGCUCUGCCAGGGGCUGUGAAGGAUACAGAAAUGACUGUGAAUCAAACCUUGUCAUCGAGGAGGUAAUAAUCUAGUGGAGAAGUUAGACAUGUGCACUCAUGACUGUGAUACGAGGCAAUCUCUGAGCUCACAUUCUCUGUGGAAGAUGUGACGUACCUAGACAGCACACUAUAAUGCAAGGCAAUACAUGUCAUAGAAUGUCGUUCCAUCCAGGACGAGGGUGUCCUCGAGGACGAGGAGGACAUGGAGCCAGACCCUCUGCACCAGCCUUCAGACCCCAAAAUCUGAGACUACUUCACCCUCAGCAGCCUCCUGUGCAAUAUCAAUAUGAACCUCCAAGUGCCCCUUCCACCACUUUCUCGAACUCUCCAGCCCCCAAUUUUCUGCCUCCACGACCAGACUUUGUACCCUUCCCUCCACCCAUGCCUCCAUCAGCACAAGGUCCUCUUCCCCCUUGUCCAAUCAGGCCCCCUUUCCCCAACCACCAGAUGAGGCACCCCUUCCCAGUUCCUCCCUGUUUUCCUCCCAUGCCACCACCCAUGCCCUGUCCUAAUAACCCCCCAGUCCCUGGAGCACCUCCUGGACAAGGCACUUUCCCCUUCAUGAUGCCCCCUCCUUCCAUGCCUCAUCCCCCACCUCCUCCAGUCAUGCCACAGCAGGUCAAUUAUCAGUACCCUCCGGGAUAUUCGCACCACAACUUCCCACCUCCCAAUUUUAAUAGUUUCCAGAACAACCCCAGUUCUUUUCUGCCCAGUGCUAAUAACGGCAGUAGUCCUCACUUUAGGCAUCUCCCGCCAUACCCGCUUCCAAAGGCCCCCAGUGAGAGAAGGUCCCCAGAAAGGCUCAAACACUACGACGACCACAGGCAUCGAGAUCAUAGUCAUGGACGAGGCGAGAGGCACCGAUCCCUGGAUCGGCGGGAGAGAGGCCGCAGUCCUGACAGGAGAAGACAGGACAGCCGCUACAGAUCCGAUUACGAACGUGGGAGAACGCCAUCCCGCCACCGCAGCUACGAGCGAAGCAGAGAGCGAGAACGGGAGAGACACAGGCAUCGGGACAACCGAAGAUCACCAUCUCUGGAAAGGUCCUACAAAAAAGAGUAUAAGAGAUCUGGAAGGAGUUACGGUUUAUCGGUUCCUGAAACUACUGGAUGUACACCAGAAUUACCUGGAGAGAUUAUUAAAAAUACAGAUUCUUGGGUCCCACCCCCGGAGAUUGUGAAUCAUCGUUCCCCAAGUAGGGAGAAGAAGAGAGCUCGUUGGGAGGAAGAAAAAGACAGAUGGAGUGACAACCAGAGCUCUGGUAAAGAGAAGAACUAUACCUCAAUCAAGGAAAAAGAGCCUGAGGAGACGUUGCCUGACAAAAAUGAGGAGGAAGAAGAAGAACUUCUUAAGCCUGUGUGGAUUCGAUGUACUCAUUCAGAAAAUUACUACUCCAGUGACCCCAUGGAUCAGGUGGGAGAUUCUACAGUGGUUGGAACAAGUAGGCUCCGUGACUUAUAUGACAAGUUUGAGGAGGAGUUGGGGAACAGGCAAGAAAAGGCCAAAGCUGCCCGGCCUCCAUGGGAACCUCCGAAGACCAAGCUAGAUGAAGAUUUAGAAAGUUCCAGUGAAUCAGAGUGUGAAUCCGAUGAGGACAGCACCUGUUCCAGCAGCUCGGACUCUGAAGUUUUUGAUGUCAUUGCAGAAAUCAAACGCAAAAAGGCCCACCCUGACCGACUUCAUGAUGAACUUUGGUACAAUGACCCAGGCCAGAUGAAUGAUGGACCACUCUGCAAAUGCAGCGCGAAAGCGAGACGCACAGGAAUCAGGCACAGCAUUUAUCCUGGAGAAGAG